GACGAGACGAGGCGCUCGAGCCCUCAGCCAGCGAGCCCGCCGUGGAGCGAUACGGCGUGUGUCGCUGAAGAGGGGCUUCCCGCGCCAGCCUCGGUAGCCUCGUCAUCGGUGUCAGCGCCCAUCGGGGGGCACCGCUCGAUGGGCAUCAUCGCUAACCAGCGCGAGCCGAUCGGGAAGGCCACCCCGCUGUUCUCGAACCCCCAUCCCGAGAGCAAGGAGGAACUCAUCCAGGCCGUCGACACUGAGAUUGGGGCCAUCAAUGACGAGCUGCAGGGCCAUCCCAACCCAGACGAGCGCACCCUGGAAAAUAUGAACGUAAGGCUGAGCCAAUUCUUCCAAGCAGGGCUCGUGCAGAAGUUGACGGCGUUGAAGAAGGCCGACCCGAACUUCGUCGACGACGACGUCCAGCAUUCGAACGACUUGGAUGGCCUCAGCGAGAAGGACAAGCUGGAGAAGGCUUUCUACGAGGAGAUGGAGAAGAAUAACUACAUGUUCAGCACAGAGACCAAGGCAGGGAACGCCGCGUCGGGGCGUUGGAGGCGCGCCCUGGACGCGUCGGAAGAGCUGAGGAAGGAUUACGCGAAGGAGAAGGGCUGGAUGAACCAGCGAAGGUUCAGGAAAGAGUGGCUGCAGGGCAAGCACAAGGAAUGGAAGGAGACCGUGAAGCACCUCCUCGUGGAAUCGAACGAGAAAGAGGACAAGAAGAAGGGAGAGUACGUCGCGCUGAUGAGGCUGGCGUGGCUGAAAGGUGGCGGUACCUCUGGCCUCCGCCUGGCGCUGAAGCACGCGUCGAACGCGAUGCUGCUCGGUGGGAUCUGGACCCGCUGGGACGACAUGGCAGAGGCUGUGGAGCACCUGCACGUCCGCCAUCAGCUCAUCGAGUCCUUCAAGAAGCAGUGGAUUAAACGCAGGGAGUGGGUGUGCCCAAGUGCGGCGACCGUCGAGGAGGCAGACGCUCGCGCGGCGCGGGCUGCGGGAGGCGGCGGCGACGCGGCAAGGGAGGAGCCUGCCAAGGGCGAGACGGACGAGAAGAAGGAUAAGAACGAUAAACACGACAAGUCUGAUGAAAAGGAAAAGACCGAGAAAAAGUACAAGGAAAAGAAGGAGAAAAACGAGACGGAGGCCCCUGCGGAGGAGGGUAGGAAGCGCAAGAAGAAACAGAAGACUACGCCUGCGUUUGUGGCCAACUUCAAGAAGCUGAAGGACAGCUAUGAUUGGUGUAUGGCGCAGCGCACCAAGCUCGACGGGCUCAUCAAGCUCGAUGCGGGAUGGAAGGGCGUGGAGAGGAUGCGCGAGAGCAUGGACGCUGCCAUGAAAGAGGUGGCCGACAAGUGCCAGGAGCACAACCUCUCGUCGCUGAUGACGAUCGAUGUCGCGAAGUACAAGAAGCAGGUGAGUUCCAAGACAUGCGACGCCGAGAUCCAGCUGGCGAACGGCGCGCUGACCGCGAGCGUGAAGACCCUGUCGUCCGAGAUUCGCAUCCUGAUGAACCGGAAGAUGGCGAGGGAUGAUGAGCAGAGGAGGCUGCAGCAGGAGGAGCAGGCAACAAAGGACAAGGAGAGCGGCACCAGCGCGAAGCAAAAGAAAGAUGCGAAGAAGGGGGGUAGGAAGAAGGCUGCCAAGCAGGAGUCUGACUCCGAUUAG